AAUAUUUCUGUGAUCGUGAUUAUGAUGAGCAAAAAAACAACGAAAGUGUUUGGCAGGUGCCAUCGAUUUCUGCUGGUAAUAACUGGUCAUCAGCCAACGAUUCUGUUCAGCAACUUCCAACUUCAAGCGAGCCAGUUUUUUCAUCGCCGCACUGUACGCUAUCAUCUCGACAAGAAAGAUCCGAUCGAGUGCACGGAAUGCAUCAUCAUAGCACCUUUAUCGAUGAUCCACUGGGACUUUCUGGAAGUCUUUUUGGUCGAGGUUCGGCGAAUAUUUGGGCCAGCGACCCACGUUCAACAGCAGAAGUAACAUCUUGGGACAAUGGAUCCGAGCCUGAUCCGAAUUCUGCUGCCGUUUACUGGACCGAAAUGUUUUUAGCUGAUGACGAUAGAGGAAAGUGCCCAUAG